CAGCGGGGCGCACGCCGCCGCUCACUGAACAACGGUCACUGGAGCCGCAGAGAGCCAGGAAACCUCUACUUUUAACCGUAAGCAGGCUACAUUUAGAGUUUCAAUGAUGAGAUGGAAAAGUGCAAGAUUUUUCCUGCUGGUGGGAUUUCUUGGCUUGUUGGUACUUCAUCUCUGUAAAGAUUUUAUGCACCACAAAAACAUCAACCUCAACCUAGAUGUGAGAGAAGAUGACAUUAAAAUAAGGCAUCCCACCGGAAAUAACUCCUAUGCGUACUCUUGGAAAAGAUGUUCACGAAAUACGUCUGCUGCGAACAUUACAGGGUUCAGCUCACUAUCGGAUGAAAUAAAAGACUUUCUCUAUUAUCGACACUGUCAACAUUUCCCAAUGCUACUCGACCUUCCUGACAAGUGUGGAGGAGUUGAUAAAUCUGCAGAAGUCUUCCUUCUACUCGUGAUUAAAAGUUCUCCUGUGAACUACGAGCGCCGAGAGGUGCUGCGGAAAACCUGGGCUAAAGAAAGGUUACACAAUGGCGUGGGGGUCCGAAGAAUCUUCCUCUCAGGAACGAUGGAUACUGGAUUUGAGAAAGCAAGACUAAACAAACUACUUGAGCUGGAGCAACGAGAGUACAGCGACAUCCUCCAAUGGGACUUUAAUGAAAGGUUCUACAACCUCACCUUGAAACAGGUACUCUUCCUUCAGUGGAUGGAGAGAAACUGUCCUAAUGUUCGCUUCCUGUUAAAUGGUGAUGAUGACGUUUUUGCCCACACAAACAACAUGGUUGUGUAUCUCCAAAGCCUCAAGGACAACGACGGAGGCAAGCACCUCUUUACUGGCCAUCUGAUCCAGAAUGUGGGGCCCAUUAGAGCCUCAUCGAGCAAGUAUUUUAUCCCCGUUCAGGUACAAGAGUCAAACUCGUAUCCCCCCUACUGUGGUGGCGGGGGCUUCCUGUUGUCUGGCUUCACAGCUUCCGUCAUAUACAAAAUGUCCAAGUCCAUUACUCUUCUCCCCAUUGAUGAUGUUUACAUGGGGAUGUGUCUGGCCAAAGCAGGACUGAGUCCUUCUUCUCAUAUGGGUGUGAAGACGUCAGGACUGUACAUUCCCUCCAGGAAACUAGAUGGAUACGAUCCUUGUUAUUAUAAAGAGGUUUUACUAGUACACAGAUUCCUUCCAACUAACUUGUACCUUAUGUGGAACAGAAUAAAUGAUCCCAAUCUGAAAUGCAAUACCCAGCUAAAAUUAUGAGGGUGAUAAUGUAUACUGAUUCGUACACAGUAUUACAGAAAUAUUGUGAAAAAUCAAUUGUGCCUGUAUAUUUGCAUUCAAUGCACCUUAAACAGAAACCACUGUCAGUUACAGAUUGGAGGAAUAAAUGCCUCAAUGGAACUUUUUAAAUACUCAAUGUAUUCAUUCAGUGAUAACCAAGGAUCUUAAUCUAAACAAGGGAAUGUAAAAACACUAUGCCUCGAAAACAUUGGUCUCUUAAAUAUGUACAGAAUAAUCAAAAUGUUUAUGCUGCCACAAAGUGGUCAUACUCCAUAUUGUUGUUUCCUCAUUACAGGCUUUGAGAUGAAAAUAUGAACUGCAUAUAUAAAAUACUUUUUUAUAAAAUGUGCCAAAACAAUGUUGGUGUACAUGUGUUUUUAAGACCUUUACAGAGCUCAACUCAUGUAUACACAUAGUGAAUAAAAUAGCCCUGUGCACAGCUUUAAACCACCAUUAAGUUUUUGCAAGUGAAUGUGCAGCACAGAUUAAGGACACAGAACCUAUUUGCAUAAUUCUGCUGGCUCGUAUGAAAUUCUCAUUUGAGAAUGAGAAAAGAGAGUUACCCUACUGACCUAAGAGCUUGUUGUAUUUAUUCACUCUUUAAUUUACUGUAUUAGUAAAUUUUACCCAUUAGCUGAAGCCUUAUCGGGCACCAAUCUUCGUAAGGUUCACUGUUGCUCUUAUUAAAAAAAAAACUCUCAGUAACCAAAGGAGCUGUGUUUCUUUCUCCAAAGUUACUGUGCAAAAGCACCCACCACAUAAUUAUUAUCUAGUACUCGGCCAUUGACCAGGCCAGUAUCUUAGUAUCUCCUCCAUGUUGCUUUACCCUUAUCCUUUAACUUAACGUCAUUUUCUUUAUUUCUCUUGUUUUUUUAAGAUGUCAGUUCCUGGUCUACCUUUUGAAUUAAUGAUAAACUCUUGCCAAUAUGAGUUGCAUAUUAAUGUUGUGGAUUUUAGCACCGUUAGGUUAGUACAUUAGGUUAGUAAUAAUGUUGUAUGGCCAAGAACAACACAAAUAUUCUGUUGGGCGCUAAACAUAUACACUGUCAGUGUACAGUAUAUGUAGUCAGUGUAGAUUUCUGUGAGUGCUUCCGUCCAGAGACAACGUAAGAGGAAAUAC